CGAUUGAUAUUUACCAUUUGCAUAAUCAAGAUCAGCAGCUAGCUACUCUUUUUGAAGAAUUGAAUAUUAAUGAAAUUUUACGUGAAGUUCUUGAAUAUGUUGAAUUGAAGGAUAUUGAUUCAAUUUUCACAAAUAAUGAUUUAUCAAUAUUGGUUACAUCAUAA